AGCAAAGGUGUAGUAAUGCAUGCAAAACCAUGGACCUUCUUCUUCAUACUAUUCCUGUUUUCCUCCUCUUUAAUCGCUUCUGCCGUCAACCAUCAAGGCGAAGCUCUCCUAUCAUGGAAACAAUCUCUGAAUCUAUCGGCCCAAGAGUUGAACAGUUGGAAUUCAAAUGAUGAAACUCCCUGCGGGUGGUUUGGAAUCACCUGCAACUUCAAACAGGAAGUUGUGGAAAUAGAAUUCAGGUACGUUGAAUUGUUGGGUAAAAUUCCCACUAAUUUUAGCUCAUUGUCGACCCUGAGCAAGCUCAUCUUGGUGGGGACAAACCUCACUGAUUCAAUUCCUAAAGAGAUUGGCGAUCUAAGGGAAUUGAAUACAUUGGACUUGAGUGUCAAUAGCUUGACAGGAGAAAUCCCAAUUGAGAUAUGUGGUUUGCGCAAGCUCAAAAAAAUGGACCUCAGCUCGAACAUACUUGUGGGAUCGAUCCCAGCUGGAAUUGGGAAUCUUACGAUUCUUAAAGAGCUUGGUCUUCACGAUAAUCAACUAAGCGGUCAAAUUCCCAGAAGCAUAGGAAACUUGAAGCUGCUGGAGCUCAUUAGAGCUGGUGGGAACAGAGACAUCGAAGGCAAUAUACCUCCAGAAAUUGGGAACUGCACCAAUUUGGUUUAUGUAGGCUUCGCUGAGACCAGAAUUUCAGGCUCUCUCCCACCAAGCUUAGGCCUCCUCAAGAAGCUUAAAACACUCGCAUUCUACACAACCCUUCUCUCUGGCAAAGUUCCUCCUGAAAUUGGAAACUGCAGUGAGCUCCAAUACCUGUUCCUCUACGAGACGUCGCUCACAGGUUCGAUUCCAACCAGCUUCGGAAAUCUCCAAAACCUGCUAAAUCUGUUUCUAUAUAGGAACAGGUUGACGGGCACGUUGCCAGAGGAGCUUGGAAACUGUUACCAAUUAUUGGAUAUUGACAUUUCAAUGAAUUCUUUGACGGGAAGCAUUCCAAUCACAUUUGGUAACUUGACUUUUCUACAAGAACUAAAUUUGGGCAUGAAUAAUAUUUCAGGCGAGGUGCCCGCAAAUAUUGGAAAUUGGACGGAACUUACUCAUUUGAUGCUCGACAACAAUCAAAUCACGGGUUUGAUACCUUCGGAACUAGGAAAUUUGAAGAAUUUGAGAAUGUUGUUCUUGUGGCAUAACAAGCUCGAGGGAAGUAUCCCGUCCUCAAUUUCCAACUGCGAGAUUCUUGAGGAGGUGGAUUUAUCGGUAAACGGAUUGACGGGUCACAUUCCUGGAGAAAUUUUCCACCUUAAGAAGCUAAAUAGCCUCAUGCUCCUCUCCAACAAUCUUUUGGGCGUCAUACCUCCAGACAUCGGCAAUUGCUCAUCGCUAAAUCGUUUCAGAGUCAACAAUAACAUGCUCUUCGGCGCUCUCCCACCACAGAUUGGGAAUUUGAAUAAUCUGAGUUUCUUGGACCUCGGAGAGAAUCGGCUCACUGGAGAAAUACCUGAUGAGAUUUCUGGCUGCAAGAAUCUAACAUUCAUCGAUAUACACUCCAACUCCAUUAGUGGAGCUUUACCCUCAGGUCUCGACCAACUUAUUUACCUUCAAAUAAUUGACUUCUCAAAUAAUCUAAUUGAAGGGAAUAUAGAUGCUGGUCUCGGACUGUUAAGUUCACUCACCAAACUCAUCCUGUACAACAAUCGAUUUUCCGGCCCAAUCCCUAAUGAGCUCGGCUCCUGCUUGAAAUUACAGUUGUUGGACCUCAGCGCUAAUCAACUUUCUGGUAAUCUCCCGUGGAAGUUGGGAGACAUUCCAGCACUGGAAAUCGCCUUAAACCUAAGCUGGAACCAACUCAAUGGCGAGAUACCGAGUGAGUUCGCCUAUCUAGACAGACUCGGAAUCUUGGAUCUCUCACACAACCACCUGAGCGGCGACCUCCAAACCAUCGCCGUCAUGCAAAAUCUCGUGGUACUCAACGUCUCCGACAACAAUUUCUCAGGCCGAGUGCCGGAGACUUCCUUCUUCAAAAAACUCCCUCCGAGCGUCCUCUCCGGCAAUCCGAACCUCUGCUACGGCAGCAUAUGCACCGAUGAAAGGGAAGGAAGAAACUCAAGGCGAGAGUCAGCGCCUCGCGUGGCGGUGGUGGUGCUACUGUGCAUAGCUUGCACGCUUCUCAUGGCGGCACUUUACAUCGCCUUCGGAUCGAAAAAAAUGGCCGAAAGACACUUCUACGGGGACCACGACGGUGACGGCGUUGAUAGCGAUUUGGAGAUUGGCCAUGAACUUGAUUGGGAGAUGACGCUCUAUCAGAAACUCGACCUAUCAAUUUCUGACGUGGCAAAGAAGCUUACAGCUGGCAACAUCCUCGGUCGUGGCCGAUCUGGCGUCGUUUACCAGGUCAACAUCCCACCCGGUGUAACAAUCGCCGUCAAACGGUUCAAGACAUCGGAGAAGUUCGCCGCCGCCGCAUUCUCCUCCGAAAUCUCCACUCUAGCCAAUAUCCGGCACCGGAAUAUCAUCCGAUUACUCGGCUGGGCGGCGAAUCGGAAAACGAAACUGCUAUUCUAUGACUAUUGGCCACAUGGAAACCUUGGCGAUCUGUUACACGAGCGAUGCGCCGGCGGAUAUGUCAUCGAUUGGGACGCUCGGUUCAAGAUCGCGAUCGGAGUGGCGGACGGGUUGGCUUACUUGCAUCACGAUUGCGUGCCGGCGAUCUCGCACCGAGACGUGAAGGUCCAAAAUAUACUGCUGAGCGAUGAAUACGACGCAUGCCUUACAGAUUUUGGAUUCGCCAGGUUCAUUGAAGACGAUCUUAACGACUCCUCGUCGGCCAAUCCGCUAUUCGUCGGAUCUUAUGGCUACAUCGCACCAGAGUAUGGCCGUAUGCUGAAAGUAACAGAGAAGAGCGAUGUGUAUAGUUACGGAAUCGUGCUUUUAGAGAUGAUUACUGGUAAAAAGCCAGCAGAUCCUUCGUUUGCAGAAGGUCAACACAUAAUCGAAUGGGUCCGACAGCAUCUAUACAGCAAGAACAACCCAAUCGAGCUUUUGGAUCCAAAUCUAAAAGUCGAUCCCGACGCCGAAAUCCAAGAAAUGCUUCAGGUGCUGGAAAUCGCGCUUCUCUGCACCAACAAUCGCGCGUAUGAUCGCCCUACAAUGAAGGACAUCGCUGCAUUACUGAGAGUAAUUCAAACCGAGUCGAGGAUGAAGAUCAAUGGCAAGAAACCUGGUAAUGGGUUAAAGAGACUAGAAAUUCAGUCGUAUUUGUCGUCUUCUUUGGCCUCGACUCGGCUGCAACUUCUUCAAUGCGACAACUCUCGCUGCUCGUUUGCUCACUCGUCUUCCUCCGGUUAUCCCCAUCGUUCGGUAACCUAAUUUCAGGCUUCGCGCCAUAAAAAUUGUUUUUAAAAAAUGUUAAUGCUAUAUUUAUCUGUUGUUAACUUGUUUGAGAAUAGAAUGACUCCAGAACUUUUUGAAAAUUUUGACUUAAAGAAUGAUACGAC